AUGUGCUGGUUCCAUCGAGGGCUGGGUGCUCUCCCUGUAACCUUGGUCAUCUGGACCUGUGCCACCUUCAUCAUCUGCUACAUCAUCGCUGUUCUGCUGGGUCACGUAGACCCCUUCAUACCCUACAUCAGUGACACAGGCACUGAGGACCCAGAGCGUUCUGUGUUUGGUUUCAUGCUCACAAUCUCAUCCUUUUUAGGCGCAGGGACUGUUUAUGUAAGAUACAAGCAAGUGCAGGCACUUAUAGCAGACAGCGAGUUUAGCCUGCAGCUCCUCAACUAUGUGGGCCUUCUCCUCGGCACCUUCAGCUGCUGUGGCAUGUGCGUGGUGGCAAACUUCCAGAAAACAGACAUGAUAUUCAUCCAUCUGCUUGGUGCAGGGUUGACUUAUGGCCCUGGAGCUUUGUAUAUUCUGGUGCAGACUGGGGUGUCCUACCGCAUGCAGCCUCGUUUCCAUGGCAAAGACAUUCUGUGGGCACGAACAGCAGUUGGCGUUUGGGCGCUGGUCAGCAUUAUCAUCUUGUUUGUGUCGUCCGUCUUAAUGUACGAUGACUUGCCUGGAGUGGACACAGUUCAGAAGAUGCACUGGCAACCUGGAGAAACGGGUUACGUGGCUCACCAGGUCAGCGCAGCUGCAGAAUGGUUUCUGACUUUCUCCUUUAUCGGUUUCUUUCUCACUUACAUUCAUGAUUUCCAGAAAAUAACUUUGUGGAUACAGCCCAUCCUACAGAGUAACCACCUGUAUGAUUACUCUCAGUAUGAUGGCAGAGAACACAUCCACCAUGGAGAACGCUCCCCUCUGUUGGCAGGAAACAUAUGA